GCUAAAUCCACCCUCCCCCCCAAAAAAAACCUCAAAAACCCUCCCCAAGUGACUCGUCUUCUGUCGGUUUUGCUGUCAGCUUCUGAGACGUCCGCAAGCUAAACAUCCUUUGACCUAAAUCUUUGCCCGGGCCUGCCUUUACCAUGCACAAGGUGGGCCUGGCGUCUCCGGAUUUCUCUGGCCCGACCCUCUGCUGCGAGGAGACCCCGGACGCCUAUUGCCCAGAGGAUGACCGGUGGCAGAGGCUGCGCACGGCUGUCCGGAAGCUGGAGUUCUGGGAAAACUUCGAGGCGGAGCUGAUAGGCAGUGGCUUCUUCUCCAAAGUCUACAAGGUCUCUCCGCGUCCUGGCGCAAAGGCCAUGGUGGUCAAGAUCUACAAGAACGAUGCCGAUCAGGAGGGGAUCGUGCGCGAGAUCAGCUUGCUGCAGAAGCUCUCCCACCCCAACAUCGUCAGGUACCUCGGGAUCUGCGUGAAGGACGACAAGCUCUACCCCAUUCUGGAGUACGUGAACGGCGGGUGCCUGGAGGAGCUCCUGGCCUGCAAAGACGUCUCCCUCAGCUGGAAGGAGAAAGUGGGCUUGGCCUCGGACAUCACCCGCGGGAUGGUCUACCUCCACUCCAAGAACAUCUACCACCGUGACCUCAACUCCAAGAACUGCCUCAUCCGAGUGACCCCGCGAGGGCGGGAGGCGGUGGUGACCGACUUUGGGCUGGCCAAGGAAGUGGCGGAGCUCUCGGCCAAGAGUCCGGAGAGGAAGCUCUCGCUGGUGGGCUCGGCCUUCUGGAUGGCUCCCGAAAUGCUGCGCGGAGAACCUUACAACCAGAAGGUGGACGUCUUUUCCUUUGGCAUCGUUCUCUGUGAAAUUCUGGGCAGGAUCCCCGCUGACCCCGAGGUGCUGCCACGGACGCAGGAUUACGGACUGGACGUGGCUACCUUCCACAGCAUGAUCCAGGAGUGUCCCGAGCAGGUUUUGGCCUUGGCUGCCAGCUGUUGCAGGAUGGAGGCCUUCAAGCGCCCCUCCUUCUCCGAGGUCCUGGAGGAAUUGGAGGACACGGCGGAGCGGCUGGAGUUCCCGACCGAGAAGCAGUCCCCAGGUUGACUUCCCUCCCGGGGGGAGGAUGUGGACUGACGCACACCUGUGUAUCUCGGAAGAAAAGGUUCUGCAGGAGGAGGAUGGGGGGGUUCGCCCCCCCUGGGGCAGAUCAGAGGCUUGGAGAGUAGAUGGCACUGCUCCCUUCCCCCCACACCACCCCCUCUCUUUUCUAGAUGCCCAGAUUCUUCUGGACCAAACGAUAUUGUUGCUAGAAAACAAAUCCCACCCCCCUUUAGAUGGCUCUGGCCAGUGAGCCAAGCUGCACCUCUGCCACAGCCAUCGGGACCCGAGUUGCCUCCAGUCCUCAGACCCCUGUCUCCUCCCCCAGAGCCUGCCCCACCUUGCCCAGUGGGGCUGCUGGCAAACAAGCCACCCUCUUCCUGCCAAGGGCAUUUCAGGCCCAGAGGGUGGUGAGCCUGGCUCUCUGCGCAUCUGAGGAGGGGGUGGAUCCCUGAAGAAGUGGGGGGGGGGUUUCCUCUGGGCAUUCAGCCGCUUGGGGGGGCGCAGCCUUCCAGCCAGGUUUUCUGGGUUUAAUGAUUCAGAGGGCAUAUUCUGAGCAGAAGGGAGCUGCCCUGCGCAUCUUGGCUCUCCUGUGCCAGGCACCCGGCUCCCCCAACCCUCACCAUGGUAGCCCCCAAGGGGCGCCCUGACUUUUAAAGCAGCCCAGGUUCCCCUUGGUGCCUGAGAAGGCUUGGUGAACAGCCCCCUCCUCUCUCUUCCCUCCCCCCUUUCUCUCCUCCUGCAUUCUGCUCCCAAUUGGGCGUGAGCCGCUGUGGUUCCGCCGUGGGGAGCAGGAGGCUGGAGGGCAGAUAGCCAGGGGGUCCCCAGGAAGACGCCCAGGUGGGAAGGGGCUCCGGUAGCCCGGCCCCCGGGGAAAGCUUUGCCAGCCCUGCCAAAUGCCAGGAAGAGAGAGGGCCUGAACCCAUCCCAGGUGGCAGGCGCACGAGUCCAUCCUUGUGAACCCCGGAGGCCCUGGGCAUCCCAUAAUAGCCCUCUGGAAGGCGCCCGGCCUGGGGACCGGCCCCCCGAAGCCGAGGGCAGCUGCGUCCCCCUCCGGACCCCGCUGGACACCACGGAUCGGCUGUCUUUGUAAAUCAAUAAAUGGCUUCUGAGCUCUUCCCAGAAAUUCCUUCAA